AUGGAUCUACAUCAAGAAGAGCUCCAAUUCCUCUCUGCUUCCGAUAUUCUCAAAGAAUCAAUCGCCAUCCCCAAACAAUCCCCUCAAACCUUUUACCUCAUCACCCUAACCCUAAUUUUCCCAUUAUCAUUCGCUAUUUUAGCUCAUUCUCUCUUCACCCACCCUUUAAUCACCCAAAUCCAGGAUCCAUAUGGCUCCCACACCUCCCAAUGGACUAAACUCCUCGUCUUUCAAUUUUGUUACCUCAUCUUCCUCUUCGUUUUCUCCCUCCUUUCCACCGCCGCCGUCGUCUUCACCGUCGCCUCCUUGUACACCUCCAAACCCGUCUCCUUCUCCUACACAAUGUCCGCGAUCCCCUCCGUCUUCAAACGCCUCUUCAUCACCUUCCUAUGGGUGGGUCUCACCAUGGUAGCUUACAACAUUGUGUUUCUCGGGUUUAUUGUUCUGUUGAUCAUCGCAAUCGAUACACAGAACUUGGUUUUGUUCUUCUUCUCUCUGAUUAUCGUCUUCCUGUUGUUCCUCGUUGUGCAUGUCUACAUCACUGCACUCUGGCACUUAGCAAGUGUGAUUUCUGUUCUUGAGCCUGUUUAUGGCUUCGCCGCCAUGAAAAAGAGCUUCGAGAUUCUCAAAGGAAGGGCUCGCAUGGCGUCUGUUCUUGUUUUCGGGUAUUUCGUCAUAUGUGGGGCGAUUAAUGGACUAUUUGGAUCAAUUGUCGUCCAUGGUGGGGAGUAUUAUUACGGGGUUUUCUCGAGGAUCGUGGUCGGUGGAUUCUUGGUCGGUGUUCUUGUGAUUGUGAACCUGGUGGGAUUACUGGUUCAGAGUGUGUUUUACUAUGUGUGCAAGAGCUAUCAUCAUCAAGAGAUCGAUAAGAAUGCUUUGUAUGAUCAUUUGGGUGGAUAUCUUGGAGAUAAUUACACUGAAUCUUUGUUUGUACUUGUUGUGUAUCACCAACGAAAAAGUGGGAGCAUAGUGAAUGAGCAGGUCAGCAGGUGUUCUACAACAUUUGAGAAGCUAAUUCCAUGAAGAUGCUUGUCGGGGUACACCUCUAGUUUAUUGAAUAGGAUUAAAGGGGGAAUCCGAAAAUCCGAUUUGAUAUCUUGUUUUUUCCGAUUAAGAUUGUAAAUUUCAAAAAAUUGGG